CCCCCAAGAAGACAGACCCCCCCAUCCAACCCGAGGACCCCGAGGACCCCGAGGACCCCGAGGACCCCCCCGUCGUCGCCGCCCAUCGCCCGCCCACCCGCUGUGGCUGGGAUCCUCCACGCCCAUCCAGCGCAACAUGAUGUCGGAGGUGGAUCCCGAGACGUUAUUGGAAUGGCUGCAAAUGGGCAGCGGAGACGAGCGGGACAUGCAGUUGAUCGCCUUGGAACAGCUCUGCAUGCUCUUGCUCAUGUCCGACAACGUGGAUCGAUGCUUCGAGAGCUGCCCGCCACGCACUUUUCUGCCCGCCCUGUGCCGCAUUUUCCUGGACCAACAAGCGCCCGAUCAGGUCUUGGAAGUGACGGCCCGCGCCAUCACCUAUUACUUGGACGUGUCGGCCGAAUGCACCCGUCGCAUCGUGGCUGUCGAUGGCGCCGUCAAGGCCAUGUGUAACCGCUUGGUCAUCGCCGAUAUCGUGGGCUCGCGCGCCUCCAAAGACUUGGCCGAGCAAUGCAUCAAAGUCCUGGAAUUGGUGUGCACCCGCGAAGCCGGCUCCGUGUUCGAGAGCGGCGGUCUGGCCGGCGUGCUCACGUUCAUUCGCGACAACGGCGCCUUAAUCCACAAGGACACCUUGCACUCGGCCAUGUCGGUGGUGUGCCGUCUGUGCACCAAAAUGGAACCCACCGAUGAGAGUCUACCCAAUAGCGUGGAAUGUCUGUCCACCUUACUUCGUCAUGAGGAUUUCCAUGUGGCCGAAGGGGCCUUGAAGUGUUUUGCCUCCUUGGCGGACCGGUUCAUUCGCAAGAACAUUGACCCGGUGCCGUUGAAUGAACAUGGUCUAACGGAUGAGCUCUUGAAUCGAUUGCGGAACGCCCACAUCACCUCCAAUGGGGCGGGACCAACCGCGCCGCUGACUCCCGCUAUGGCUGGAUUAAACGUGAGUGGCGCUGGAUCGGGUUCGAAUUUGGUGGAUGCCGCUCAUGCGGGUGGACCAGCGGCCAGUUCGUCGUCCAUAUCCACGACCAUCAGCUUGUUGUCCAUCUUGAGUCGAGGCUCCGAGGCCAUCACGCAUUCGUUACUCCGGAGUGCCUUGCCGGAUGCCAUUGAGCACGCUCUUCAAGGAGAUGAGCGAUGCGUUUUGGACACCAUGCGCCUCACGGAUUUGCUGUUGGUGUUGUUGUUCGAAGGCCGACCCGCAUUGUCCAAGUCGGUGCCCAGUGUGUCCGGUGGGAGUGGCUCAACUUCGAGCUCGCGGAUUUCCAGCGGCUUAAGGCCCAUGGAUUCUACGGGCGAGCGGACCCAUCGACACUUGAUCGAUUGUAUUCGCUCCAAAGACACGGAUGCCCUCAUUGAAGCCGUGGAUAGUGGGAACGUGGAGGUCAAUUUCAUGGAUGACGUCGGCCAGACUCUGUUGAAUUGGGCCUCGGCCUUUGGCACCCAAGAAAUGGUUGAAUAUCUCUGCCAGAAGAAUGCGGAUGUCAACAAAGGUCAACGGUCGUCGUCUCUACAUUAUGCGGCCUGUUUCGGUCGACCCCAAAUUGCCCGCGUUCUACUGAGACAUGGGGCCAAUCCGGAUUUGAGAGACGAAGACGGCAAGACUCCCUUGGACAAGGCCCGUGAGCGCAACGAUGAAGGCCAUCGAGAAGUGGCGGCCAUUCUGCAAAGUCCGGCCGAUUGGCUGUCCUUGGCUGGAUGCCCCGAGACCACCGAAGAGUCGAACCAGGCCAACCGCACGAAAGAAGACGAGGACCGUGACGAGACGGCCUCUGAGGAAGAAGAUCCAGGUCCCAAGGGUGACCCGGAAAUGAUCCCAGUGUAUGUGAAGGCCUUGAUCCCCAUGUUUUGUCAAUCUUCUCAAUCCACCAUGAUCCAGACCGUCAAGCGGGCUAGUUUGAGCCUCAUUAAGAAGAUUAUCCACUACUUGAACCAAGAACUUAUUCAAGAUGCCCACAACAGCAACCCAAGGUUCGUCGGCGACAUCGUGGAGGUCCUGACUUCGGUCCUGGAUAACGAGGAAGAUGAGGAAGGACAUUUGACGUGUCUGCUCAUUAUCCAAGAUCUCAUGAGCAAAGAAGACCAAGAGGGCGUGUUCCUGGAGCAAUUCGCCAAAUUGGGCUUGUUUCAGAAAGUCCAUGAUCUGGCUGUCGACGACAUGGACGACGAUAUUUCAUCCGCAUCCUCAUCCGCCAGCGGAGAUAUCAUGAUUGCCUCUUCGCCCACCGAGUCCACGCCCACACCCGCCAUCGCCACGCCCAAAGAGGACGCGAAAGAAAUCAUUAUGGGAAAAGGAUACACAUGGCGCGAUUGGUCUUUAGCCCGAGGACGAGAUUGUCUGUACAUCUGGUCGGACGCAGCCGCAUUAGAACUCUCCAAUGGAAGCAACGGCUGGUUCCGAUUCAUUUUGGACGGAAAACUGGCUACCAUGUAUUCGAGUGGUUCGCCGGAAGGAAAUUCGGAUUCCUCCGACAACCGCGGCGAAUUCCUGGACAAACUUCAGCGAGCUCGUGCCGCCGUCAAAUCCAAUGUGAGUUAGCCCAUUUUCACCAAGGCCUCCGAGGACAUCAUCAUGGUGGGAAAUUGGAAUCUCAGCUCCACCGAGGAUGGCGAGUUGACCAUCGUCAAUUCUGACGGCUCCCAGCAAGCCACCAGCCUUAAAGAAGAUCUCCCCGGAUUCCUGUUUCAGUCGAAUCGCGGGACAAAGCACUCCUUCACGGCUGAGACAUCCUUGGGGCCUGAAUUCACCACGGGCUGGGCUGGGAAGAAGUCCAGUCGACGAAUGCGAGGCAAAAUGGAAGCCGUCAAGCAACGGAUUCGAAGCACUGCCCGAGACAUCUACGAUAACCACUUCCGGGAGGCUCAAGCCAAGCCCCGCGGUAUUGUGGCCACUCUGGGAGUGAUCGUGACCAAGAUCGAGGGUGCCCUUCAUCGCCAAAUGGUGAACAACACCAGCAAUGAAUGGAGAGAGAGCUUAAAAGAGGCCCUGAUCGAGCUGAGUGCCAUCUUGGAGGAUCAUAGUAAGGUCUCGGCCUUUGAACUGCAUAGCUCCGGCCUGAUCCAGGUGCUCUUGAAGCUCUUUGCCACUGUGGGCACGAAUGAGAACCGUAAAUUGGCCAAGAAGUCGGCCAAGCUGCAGCGUCAACGAGUCGAGGUCUUUCAAGAUCUCUUCCGAGAUCGAGUGGUGGAUGGCGACAAGGUCAUCUCCCCGGCCACCGAGCUCAUUCGGAAGCUCAUCGCUGUCCUCGAGUCCAUUGAGAAGCUUCCGGUGUUGUUGUACGACCAAACCACCUCUGGUUAUGGGCUUCAAAUCCUCACUCGUAGGUUACGCUUCAAAUUGGAACGCGCCCCGGGUGAGAACAAUCUCAUCGAUCGGACUGGCUGCACAUUGAAGAUGGAACCUUUGGCCAGUGUCAAACAACUGGAUAGGUUUCUGCUGAAGAUGGUGGCCAAGCAAUGGUACGAUCACGAUCGGUCCACCUUCAACUUCAUCAAACAGAUCGAGGAGAAGCGCCCGGUGAGUUUCAAGCAUCAUCACGACUUUGACGAGAACGGUCUGUUCUAUUGGAUUGGAUCGAAUGCCAAAGCAUCCUCGGAAUGGGUGAACCCCGCCCAAUAUGGAUUGGUGGUGGUAACCUCGAGUGAGGGUCGAAAUCUCCCUUACGGUCGAUUGGAGGAUAUCCUAAGUCGGGACGUGGCGGCCCUGAAUUGCCAUACCAAUGACGAUCGACGAGCUUGGUUUGCCAUUGAUUUGGGAAUGUGGGUGAUCCCGUCUGCUUACACGUUGAGACACGCCCGAGGAUACGGACGCUCUGCCAUUCGAUCUUGGCAGUUCCAAGCCUCCAAAGACGGCAUGAACUGGACCACUCUGGUGGAUCACACCGAUGACACGAGCUUAAAUGAACCAGGAUCGACCUCCACUUGGAGAGUGGCCGUCGACAUGAACGAACGACAAGGCUGGCGUCACAUUCGGAUUCAGCAGAACGGGAAAAACGCCUCAGGUCAGACGCAUUAUUUGUCCAUAUCGGGUCUUGAGAUUUAUGGCACCAUCCAUGGAGUGUGCGAUGAGCUAGGCAAGGCUGCCAAAGAGGCCGAAGCCAACCUCAGACGCCAGAGAAGACUCAUGCGAACUCACAUCCUCAAGCACAUGGUGAUCGGGGCGCGAGUGUGCCGAGGUCUGGAUUGGAAAUGGCGGGACCAAGAUGGAGCUCCUCCCCGAGAAGGCACAGUCACUGGGGAGCUCCACAAUGGCUGGAUCGACGUCACCUGGGACCAUGGAGGAGCCAACUCCUAUCGCAUGGGCGCCGAGGGCAAGUUCGAUCUGAAAUUGACCUCCGGCCUCGACCUCAAUCCCACAUCGAUUGGUAGCGGAGCGGCUACCGCCCAAUCAUCUUUGGGAGUGUCAUUGGGCGCCACCCAAAAGUCCCAGUACACCUCGCCAGCCCCCAAAGCCGAACCAACAAGUGCCCUGGGAGCGGGCGUCAAGUCCACGUCCAGAGUCCAAGGCUUGAAGGCUAGUUCCACGCCAAGUUUGAGUGAAGGACAAGAGGUAAAUCCUCAAAAGCCUCUGGCUGAGUCCUUUGAACAAACUGUCUCUGCAGAUAAUCUGAGUGCCCAACAGUCCGCGGAACAAGCCAAUCAAGUCGUUUUAACUGAAAAGCAAGAGACCUCGGCUAAACAAGCUGCUGAGACUGUGGCUCAAUCGGUUUUAUCGGAAGCCAUCUUGAACAUCUCGGGUGCUUCUUCCUCGUCUUCGUCGGCACCUCCCAUUAGUCAGACGCCGAAUGCACCGCCCCCAAGAUAUGUCAAGAGUAGCUCAGCCUCUUCUUUCCAAUCUUUGUCCACUAGGGAUAACGACAAUGAGCUUCUUCCGCCUCUGUUUGAAGUCGUGGACAACAUUGUUCAAGAGGACGCUGAAAACGAUACGGAGAUGGUGUCAGUUGAAUCAGGGAAUAUCUCCGCCACAGCGAGGGCCAAGAUGAACAAUCACCCUCUUGGACCGUUCAGGUCGAAUAUUUCGAGCUUUGAGGCCCGUCUCGACCAGGCCCUGAGUCAAGCUUGCGGGAUCGAUGUUGACAAUCUCGCUCUGAGCUUGUCCCAGCAAUUGGCUGCAUCGAGCCGCACGUCCAUCGGGUUGGGCCGUGAGCUUCCUCUGGUCCCAAGAAACUCGUCGGAAACGAAGGCCCCGGGUUCCAGUGCUCCCUUGAAUCCCGAAGAGAUGCUAACCAUGCCAGGUGCCAAUCCAGGACCAGCUCUACCCCCUCCCACCUCCCGCGAUCAUCUUGAAGCAUCAUCGGUUGGUCGAGGGCGCUCAAGGGCUCGGAACAACGCCAACAACCCAAUGUCUGAAUCUCCAGGCUCGAACUUGUCCUCCAAGCCUACGUUUGUAUCCUCAAAACUGCUCGAUUUUGCCGACCUCUCCACAGGGGAGAUGAACUUGGGCUUUGCCGAUGCCAGUGCUUGUCCCAUGACCUCGUCUGGGCAGCAACAACAACAACCUCAGCCACCCGUGAAGGCCGCCAGAACCACCUCCAAUCCCACAGAUGUCACGGAUAAAAAGAACUCCGCCAAUAUGAGUGUGAGUGAGCCCAAUCUCUCGACACCCGAAGCUUCGGCCGUGAGUCUCUUGGAGACGUUCGCCGCCGUUGCUCGACGUCGAUCUGGCACCAACACGACAUCCAUGGCCUCCACCAACACGGUGAACAACAGCAGAAAUCAGUCGGUCUCCUCGAGUAGCGGGUUGUUCGGCACUCCCAAGUCGGUAUCGAGCUUGGUGAGGUUGGCACUCUCGUCCAAUUUCCCCACGGGACUUCUGAACGCUGCUCAGAGUAAUCCCACACUGAACUCGGGGGUCCUCACCUCGGGCUCCAAUGAUCCCAACAGUUCUGCUCCCGUGGUCAGUCUUGGAGGAGCUGGACUCGCAUCGAAUGUGGUCAUGUCAGACACGGAUCAGGUGUCUUUGGAGGAGUUUUUGGAGUCCUUCAGGGAUACAUCCUUGUUAGCAGACUUGGAAGAAGAUGAGGACCUGCCCGAUGCCGAAGACGACAAUGACGACGAUAACGACGAUGAUGACGAGUUUGAGGACAACUUUGAAGAAGAGUUCGAAACGCCCAGUGGUCACACAGUGACUAGUAGCACCACUUCGUCAUCCACCUCAACCCGUGGAUUGUCCCUGGGACGCAGGAAGAUCUGGGACGACGAGCAUGUCUUAAAGAGAAAAUUCUCGGCGCUGAUUCCAGCCUUUGAUCCUCGGCCCGGUCGGACCAACAUCAACCAAACCAGUGACAUCGAAGUCCCAUCCCCUGAUAGCAUCUCGGCCGCUGCAGCCUCGGCUCUUGGUAUUUCUGACACCACCGACUCAAAGAAAUCCGAGGCUGGCGCUCCCAAGAUCCAUCUUAUGCUCCGGGGACCCAAUUUGCCGGGGGUGAGCGACAUCGAAAUUGACCUGACUGAGCCGGAUUGGACAGUGUUCAAGGCCGUCCAGUACAUAAUACAGGCUUCAAACAUAGGGAGCAAAUCCGAAAAACUGCGGCGUGUCUGGGAACCGUCCUACGUCAUUGUGUAUCGAGAGGUCAAAAAGGGCCCGACAAGUGGGAAUGACACCAACGAUGAUGACGUCCCUCGACGAAGUUCGAGCUCGACUUCUAACCCGUUCCCACAAUUGUCCAUCCUGAGUCCGGGACAAUGCUCCAUGGACGAGGUUCUCCAAUUGAUCCGACAGCUUUAUCUCAUCAACACGGUCAAUCCCGAGGGUGAGGGUCUCACGAAUCAAGAGAACUACAACUCAAAGAAAAUCACCAACAAGUUGGUUCAACAAAUCCAAGACCCAUUGGUCCUAUCGGCCAAUGCCAUGCCGGAUUGGUGCCAAGAGCUCACCUUCUCUUGUCCAAUGUUGUUCCCAUUCGAGACCAGAUUAAUAUACUUCCAUUGUACCGCCUUUGGUGCUUCAAGAAGCAUCGUGUGGCUUCAAAAUCAGCGCGAUAACAGCUUGGAGAGAAGCCGAGGCUCGUUGGGACGAGGUCGAGAAGACAUCCACGAGUUCCGUGUGGGACGAAUCAAACACGAAAGAGUCAAAGUCCCAAGAGGGGAUCGUAUCCUAGAUUGGGCUGUUCAAGUCAUGCGCGUACACGCUGACCGGAAGGCGAUCCUUGAAGUCGAGUUCAUCGACGAGGAAGGCACCGGUUUAGGUCCAACUUUGGAAUUUUUCGCCCUCGUGGCCUCCGAGCUUCAACGUAAGGACCUCUGUCUUUGGAUGUGCGACGACGUACACGUCAAUCACGAGGAAGUGGACAUGGGCGAGGGGAAGAAACCACCUGGUUUCUACGUUAUGAGACCCACAGGCCUGUUUCCGGCACCUUUGCCCCAAGAGAGCGAACUUUGCGAGAAGGUUUCCAAAUUGUUCUGGUUCUUGGGCGUGUUCUUGGCCAAGACCCUGCAAGACAACCGUUUGGUCGAUCUGCCCCUUUCGUACCCUUUCCUGAAGCUCUUGUGUCAAGGCGAAGUCAGCUCAUUUGUCAGGGAAAAGUCUUUGAUUGUCCAACAGAACCAGGCCAACGAAGACGAGCUCAUGAGCUCCUCCAUGUAUUCGAUCGUGUCGGAAGAAUCCGAAAUGGACUUGGCGAAUAAGGUCGGCGACAAGAGAGAAGAACAGUCUUGGUUUGCCCCUCUCCUGGGACUUGAGGAUCUAGCUCAAAUUGACACGGAUCGGGGAGAAUUCCUCAAGCAUCUCCAAGAAAUGGCCGUUGAGAAGCAGAACAUCCUCGCCAGUCUCGAUUUGAGCGAGGAGGAGAAGCAAACCAAAUUGGAAUCCCUCACCGUGCAAUAUAACGGGCAUGAAGUCGGACUCGAGGACCUCGGCCUGAACUUCCAAUACUCGCCUCCAUCCAAAGUCUAUGGCUUCGCAUCCGUCGACCUUGUACCCAAUGGAGAGCACGAGGCGGUCACCAUUCAUAACCUCGAGGACUAUAUUCAAUCCACUUUGGAAUUCGUGCUCCACGAAGGCAUUCGAAAACAAAUGAACGCUUUCCGUUCGGGCUUCAACCACGUGUUUCCUUUGGACAAAUUGGGCACCUUCAACCCCUUGGAGGUCCGAACCAUGAUUUGCGGCGAGCAAUGUCCCAUAUUCACCCGUGAAGAGAUCAUUCGUUACACAGAACCCAAGUUGGGCUACACGCGAGAGUCCGAGACUUUCCUGAAAUUUGUCAACGUGCUGGUCAGUUUCACAGCCUCAGAGAGAAAGGCUUUCCUUCAAUUCACCACUGGAUGCUCCAGUCUUCCUCCAGGCGGUUUGGCCAAUUUACACCCCCGUUUAACCCUGGUCCGGAAGAUCGAGGCGGGUGAUGGUUCCUAUCCUUCGGUGAACACUUGCGUUCACUACUUAAAGUUGCCCCCGUACUCGACGGAAGAAAUCAUGAAGGAACGUUUGCUCGUUGCCACCCGAGAAAAGGGAUUCCAUUUGAAUUGAUGCGGGAUGUCACUUGUUGGCCCAGCGAACUAUUUUUGUGAUAUAUUUACCCACGAUUAUUGCUAAUACUUCUACUACUACAACUACCUUAUGUAUAGUCAUCUUAAACAGGUUGCAGGAGCUUUGAACAAAGAAAUUACAAACAAAAAAGAAAGAAAAAAAACCACACCCCAAUGGGAUAUCUUGAUUCCAACAAGGAUGAUCGACUCGACCCAGGGUGAAUGAGCAUAUGCGAUAUUGAAUCCGUAACAUCCUAAUACCCUUACGUCCAUUGCAUUGGAAACGGUCUGGAUUGCCAAUGUGUGCGUGCUUUUUUCUCUCAAGAUAAUAAACCUUCAAACUGCGAAAAAGUU